UUUUUGUAUUUCAGUUCAAAUUUAUUUUAUUUUAAGUAACGAUUUGUAUAUAUAGUUUUAGUUUGAGUUCCUGGAUGGAAAUAGUUUAAUAAUGCAUUCAAAGACACUGACUCUUGGCAGGUUUAUCAAAACCCUGCAGAUUUAAUAGCGUUCAUCUGAUGUGCUUUCAGUUCUGUUAUUAUCAGAGAUAUUACAAGCACGCUCGGGUUCUGUACUGUAAUAAAUACAUCAGUGAGGAGGGGUUGUUUAUUAAUGGAGCAAAUAAAGCAUCCUCAGUGCUGCAGGUGUAUUCUGUCAUAUUCAGGCAGAUAUUAUGGGAUGCGUUGAAGGCGUCGCUCGCGCGCGUGCCCGUGACGCAGAGCCGCUGAUGCGAAGGUGAUUUUCAUCAUGAGGCUCAGAUGCUGGUGUGUGAAUCACAAGAACACACGGCUCUUACACUGAGUCCCGUCUGAUGACACAUGACUGCUUCUUCCCGGAAGAAGGAAGGAAGGAAGCUGUGACGUCACGUGCCGAAAGAGCUGCUCUGAAACUGAAACCUUUAUUCUCACUUUUAAGAAUCUUAUACCUCUCUCUCUAUAUAUAUGCUUAUCAUCUCUUUAAAAAAGUAUAUUUUACAGUAUUUGCGAAUUUGUUUAAUUAGCAUAAUUCCCCAAAUUGAACAUUAAUAUAGGCCUAAAGUAAAAUAACGGGUUAAUGUCGCCAAAUUAAUCAAUCAUGAAACACUCAGUUUCAGCUCAGUUUCUGUUAGUGUCUGAUAGUGUUAGUGCAGCCAGAUCUAUAAUAUUGUAUGAAUAUUAAAUGUGUUAUAUAUUUAUAUAUAAAACUUAAAUUAAAAUGUAAAUAGAAAAAAAAAAACAAUUCAUCAACCCAACAAAAUUAUAAUUCAAAAUAUUGACAGAAUCUACUGUACAUUAAGUGCUACUAAAAUAUCUCUGAAUCAGAUUGAAUCUACUUCAUGACUCAUAUCAUAUUUCAAAAUUUUUUUUUAAUGGUGCUAAAAAUAGACUUUGUGUGUGUGUGUGUGUGUGUGUGUGUGUGUGUGUGAGAGAGAGAGAGAGAGUCUCGCCCUGUGCGCGGACGCGUCAGAUUAGACGCGUGGAUGAGCGGCGCGCUGCGGAUCGUCACUGACGGAGGAAAGCAAACGCUGAUGCGGCGAUGGGCUCUGAAUCUGAACCACACGACUGUCUGCGAGGAUGGUGUCGAGGUGUCCUCCGACGGAUGGAGAUCAGCGCAGGCUUCCGAUAUUAUUUCCAGCAUCCCUGGUCUCGUCUGCUGGUGGCGUACCUGGUCACCUUCUUCAACUUCCUGGUGUUCGCCGAGGACCCGGUGUCCCACAGCCAGACGGAGGCACACAUGAUGGUGCUGGGAAACUGCUUCUCGUUCGUGGUCAGUAAAUAUCCCGGAGGAGGAUGGAGCGUCCUCAAAGUCCUGAUGUGGAUCCUCGCCAUCAUCACGGGCCUCAUCGCCGGGAAGCUCCUGUUCCAUCGACACCUGUUCGGUCGUGUCCUGCGUCUGAAGAUGUUUCGUGAGGACCACGGCUCUUGGAUGACCAUGUUCUUCAGCACCAUUCUCUCGCUCUUCAUCUUCUCUCACAUCUAUAACCUCAUUCUGCUCAUGAGUGGACGGAUGCGGCCUCACAUGGUGACGGAGUACAUGGGCAUCAGGAACGAGAUCUUUAUGAAGAUGGUUGCUGUGGGAACAUGGAUGGGAGAUUUUGUGACGGCGUGGAUGGUAACAGACAUGAUGCUGCAGGACACUCAUUACCCGGACUGGGGCCGGACCCCCAGGCAGAUCUGGAGACAGGGACACAACCGCAUCGUUCUGUUCUGGGCGGUGCUGUUCUCUCUGACCUCUGUGGUGGUUCUGGUCAUCAGCACAGACUGGAUCAGCUGGGACAAACUGAACCGCGGCUUCCUGCCGAGCCACGAGGUCUCCAGAGCGUUCCUGGCCUCCUUCAUCCUGGUCUUUGACCUCCUCAUCAUCAUGCAGGACUGGGAGUUUCCUCACUUCAUGGGCGAUCUGGACGUGAACCUCCCAGGCCUUUCCACCACACAGCUGAAGAUCAAACUGCCCAUGAGCAAGCGCAUCUUUAAAGAAGAGUACCACAUUCACAUCACAGGGAAAUGGUUUAAUUACGGAAUCAUCUUCAUGGUCCUCAUCCUGGACCUCAACAUGUGGAAGAACCAGAUCUUCUACAAGCCCUAUGAAUACGGUCAAUACGUAGGUCCAGGAGAGAAGAUCUACACCGUAGAAGAUCCGGAGACGCUGCACAACUUCAACCGCAGCACGCUGACCUGGGAGUGGCGCUCCACCAACACUGACCCCCUCACCAACCGGACCUACAUCCAGAGAGACAUGUUCCUUCACAGCCGCUACGUGGGUGCUAGCCUGGAUGUCAAAUGCCUGGCGUUCAUCCCGAGUCUGGCGGCCUUCGUGCUCUUCGGGUUCUUCAUCUGGCUGUUCGGACGCUUCCAAGACAGUGAGACAUUCCCUGAGAACCAAGACAAGACCUACGAGCGCAUCAAGCGCAAGUCUCCGUCUGAUCUGGGAGUCACGCCGGAGGAAGUGCACAUCACCAUGAGCGAGGCCUUGAAGAGGUGCGGCACGUCCAUGCUGCUCCUGGUGGACACUCAUCAUUUCGGGUCAUCGAGCUGCUCCAUAUCACCGUGUACGAAUGAGACCCAGGAGACCCAACCCAGUGUAGCGGUUGACAACAUCGCCCAUGAGGACACAUCUGAUGUCAAAAAGCUGACCCCAUGACAUAACCAAAGGUCAAAAUGACUUCCAAAGUUGAUUGGCGUUUGAAGUCCUCGGAAAACCAUCACAGACUCUACCUUGAACUUUCUAUUUUUGUAUGAAGUGAUCUUGCACUGCGCACCAACUUUCUGAGCUCAGCCUUUUCCACAUUCCUCAAGGACAUUGGUCUAUGGUGCUGGAUGUUUGAUUAUUCAAUGUCUUUUUUUUAUGUAGACUCUUGUUUUGAUGUACUCUUGUGCCUACAUGGAUGAAAUACUGUCCUCACAGUGAACACAUGGUGUGAUGGUCAUGAAAAUACUUGUAAUGAACACCUAAAGCUGUGCCUUUAUUAACAAAAUACCUUGAAGGCGGUGCUGGGUCCAUUUACUAACAGAUUAUAGUCUGUAACUGAUUCCAAAUUACAUGACAAAAAUUGUCCUUAGUAGCUCUUUAUGAUAUUAUGAUCAUGGGCAUCGGGACGCAAGAUUCCAUCGUUUCAGCUCGUGUAGUCUAUCUUAGUGGAUGAUAAUCAAUUCCAAAUCUUUGAUGCUUUACAAUAUCAUGACAGAAAGACUAGCACGUUAAAAAAAUUCCAUCUUCCAUGAUGAGUUCCAUCAAAUUGGUGACGUUUAUCAAUGGCAGCACAGAAGCUUUUUCACACACAUUUUUUAAACAGAAUGAAACAAAAGAGAGAUGAUGGUGCUGCUUUCGUGCGGCUAUUUUUCUCAUCAUUUGUAACCCGCCGAACGCAAUAAGGACAUUGGUAAUAGAGAGUUGUUGGCAGUCAAGUAAGUCUUGGAGGAGUGUCGUCAUUGGUUGGAGGGUUUGGGGGUACCUUUUAUUGUUAGGACCGACCACAAGAAUCUUGAAUAUAUCAGAUUGGACAAACGGCUCGGUGGGCACUUUUUUUUCGGUCGAUUUGAUUUUUCCAUUUCUUACCGUCCUGGUUCUAAAACCAUCAAACCAGACGCAUUAUCCCAUAUUUUUGACCAAUCUGAACGCCCGGUAUCUCCCGAGUCCAUCGUUCCACAGAGGUGUGUGGUUUUUCAAUGCUAACUUGGGAGAUCAAAUCGAAGGUCCACACGGCCUUACAUGGGGUAGUGCCUCCGCCCGGAUGUCCACCGGGUAGAUUAUUCAUGCCAGAGAGAUUACGGUCCAACGUUAUUUGGUGGGGUCAUUUUUCCCAGUUUGGAACCUGAAUUCACAGUCCCCUCUGCUCACGAAUUCGUCAGGUGCAGGGACAUCUGAAGAACAGCCAGGGUGACUCUUAUCCAGGUGGGGUUACGCACCAAGGCCCAGGCCGAUUGCCACCGGUCGAAGCCUCCCGUCUACGUCGUUGGUCAAAAAGUGUGGCUUUCACCUACUGAUAUUCCUCUCCACUCCGUUUGUAGAAAAUUAGCUCCCAAAUUUAUUGGCCCAUUAACCGUCACCAAGAUCCUUAUUCCGGUGAGGGAACGCUGAUUCCAGUACUUGGUGGACUGGGAAGGUUACGGUCCGGAGGAGAGGAGCUGGGUUCCUGCCCGGGACAUAUUGGAUCACUCCCUUAUCGAUGACUACAAUCGACAGCUAGGACCCUCUGAGAGCGUCAGGUGAUGCUUCUGGGGGGUGGGGUAAUGUCACGGUUCGCAGAUCCGUUUGCUCAUCCUGUGUCACUGCUCUGAUUGGCUAUUGCUGACGAGCAAUCAGAUCAGCGACAGGUGUGUCUUGUUUCUGUGGGCCUACAUAUAGUCCUGUGUUUGUCUUGUCUAGUGUCAGAUCGUUUGGUACUGUUCUCUGUCAUUCUCGCUCCUUGCAGUGCCAUCUAGUCCAGUUUGUUGGAGUUGUUUGUUGUCCAGUUUGUCGUUUUGCUAGUGCUUGGAUUUACGGGUUCGAGUUAGCGUGUCGCCUUCGCAGUUCCCUGUUUCGGUUCCUGUCUUCGAGGUUAUGCCCACUGCAGUCCCUGCGCUGCCAAGGAGUGACUGCCGACCGAGAGACUUGUUCCUACCAUCGGGCCUCUUUACUCUCUUGAACAGUCAAAUAAAGACUUUAUUUAUUCGCAACUGGAUCCAGUGUUAGUUUGCCCUGACACCGACACUAUCGUGACCAACAAAAAUAUAGUCUAGUCUGAACACCACAUUAGAUUACUUUUGAUCUAACUUGUUUAUUACAUUUAAAUAGCAUA